ACCCCCGGCUUCUCUGUCUUUCAUUCAAUCUCUCGCAAUCUCUCUGUCCCUCUUCGAUUAUAUUCCUUUCUCUUUAUAAUCAAACACGUAAAACCCAUUAGACCCAGAACUCACGUAUUUCUUUUUUCUUAUUCCAGAAAAACAUUGAUUUUCAGCUAGAAGGAAGAAAGGAGAGUAAUUUAUUCGAGAUCCUCCAUGACCCAGAAAUAUAAAAGCUCAAAGCUAGAAAGCUUAAAUCGGCGGUGGUGAUCGUGAAUUCUCUUGUUUUGAUGACAUAUAUAAUGUUCUUUCAACGUUGUUUCAGCUUGUCGUUUUUGGGUUUCUAUCAUUGAUAGUGGUUUGGCGCUAGAUUGAUUGAUAUUAUUGCAGAGAUGGGAGGUGAGCAGAAUGACAGUGUUUCUGAUGUUCAUGAGCCAAUGAAGAAUGAAGAUGAUAAGGGUGACUUGAACCAGGAUGAAUCGGCGAUGAUUCCAUUGGUCUGGGAUCCACUUGCAAAUAGAAAAAACAAUGAAUGUAAAACAAAUGAUCUACACAAUAGUCCAACAAUUUAUAGGCAAGAUGUUGUGAGACAUAAAAACACUGGUGUAAUUGGGAUUGUGAGUGAAGUUGCUGGUGAAUCAGACUCUGAUAGCAGUAUCACAGAUGACGAAGACGAUGACGACGAAGAUGAAGAAGGUGGUGCUGAUGGCCUUAGCAACACUGAUGGGGGUGGUGACAGGAAUAGAGGUGGGGAUAAUGAUGAGAAUGAUUCUCUUCGGGCUGAUCAUGUUCGAGUGAUUUGGAUGGGUGACACUGAGCCAAUCCAAGAUAUUCAUAAUGUAACUCUCGUUGAUAGGGCGUUCUUACAUGGUGAUUAUGUUGCAUCUGCCUUGGACCCUACUGGGCAAAUUGGUGUUGUGGUGGAUGUCAAUAUUUUUGUUGAUUUGCUAGCCUCAGAUGGAUCAAUUAUGAAAAAUGUAUCAUCCAGAAACUUGAAGCGCGUGAGGGAUUUCGCUGUUGGUGAUCAUGUGAUCCUUGGCCCAUGGCUGGGUAGAGUUGAUGAUGUCUUGGAUAAUGUGACUGUCUUAUUUGAUGAUGGUUCUCGGUGCAAAGUGACAAAGGCAGAGCCUACGCGCCUCAAACCAGUUUCCAAGACUAACUUUGAAGAUGAUGGGCAUUCUCCUUAUUACCCUGGUCAGCGGGUACGGGGAAACUCUUCAUCCGUUUUUAAGAAUUCGAGGUGGCUAUCUGGCUUGUGGAAAGCUAAUCGGUUAGAAGGCACUGUUACUAAAGUUACAGCCGGAUCAGUGUUCAUUUACUGGAUAGCAUCUGCAGGGUAUGGGCCUGAUUCUACUACAUCCCCAGCUGAAGAGCAGAGUCCAAUGAAUUUAAGAUUGUUGUCUUGUUUAACACAUGCAAAUUGGCAAGUAGGUGAUUGGUGCCUUCUUCCACAAUCAUCCUCCUCCACCAUAUACAAUAAUUUGUCAAAGUUAGGUAUACAGGAUUCAGUUACAAGUGAAUUGGAUUAUACUCAAGUAACUCAACCAGAAAGUGGAUGUGAUUCAGAAGGAACUGCUGCAGAUGAAUUGGGUGGGAAUGGUGAAUAUAUGGAUCUUGAUCCAGUGGUUGCAGCUGAUGUGAGUAAUGAGAAUACUGAAAAUAGUAUAUCACCUGAAUCUAGCUCUUGCGCUAGUCCAUUAUCAGUCCCAAAGGAACCUAUGCAUGAAACUUGUCGUCACCCGCGCAAAAAGAUGCGUAAAGUAGUAUUAAGGAGAGACAAGAAGUCUCGAAAGAAUGAAGAAAUCUUUGAAAAGGCCCUCUUAAUUGUCAAUACGAGGACAAAAGUUGAUGUGGCAUGGCAGGACGGAGUGCUAGAGCAUGGGAUGGAUUCAACAACAUUGAUUUCAAUUGACAAUCCAGGUGACCAUGAAUUUUUUGCUGAGCAGUAUGUUGUUGAGAAGGCUUCUGAUGAUGAUGAUGCUGGUGAAGCUACACGAGUCGGGGUUGUAAAAAGUGUUGAUGCAAAGGAAAAGACAUCUUGUGUGAGGUGGUUAAAGCCAGUUGCUAGGGCAGAAGACCCACGAGAGUUUGAUAAGGAGGAGAUAGUAAGUGUGUAUGAGCUAGAGGGGCAUCCUGAUUAUGAUUACUGUUAUGGAGAUGUAGUUGUUAGACUUUCUCCAGUUACUGUUUCACCUCAAACAGUCUCUGCUGUGGAAUCAGAGGAGCAACAUGUACCAAAUGAGGUCAAGCAGGAUGGUGAAAUGAGCUUGGGACAUGAGAAAACUGAGAACACAUCUGAGUCUUGUAUGGACUUCUCAGAUCUCACUUGGGUGGGUAAUAUAACUGGCCUUACAAAUGGAGAUAUUGAAGUUACAUGGGCUGAUGGCAUGGUUUCAAUGGUGGGACCUCAAGCGAUUUAUGUUGUUGAUAGAGAUGAUGAUGAUGAGUCAGUUGCAGCUGGAAGUGAAGUAAGCGAUGAUGCUGCAAGUUGGGAAACUGUUGAUGAUGAUGAGAUAAAUGCUCUUGAAAAUACUAGAGAGGAAUUUGGUAUGGGGAAUUCCUCUGACAUGAAUCCUGAGGUAGAAGAGAGCGUUGAGAAUAAUUCAGGAGGGAGUGUGUCAUAUUCUUUUCCUGUCGCUUCUGCAAUUGGACUUGUCACUAAAGUAACCAGACUGGCCUCUGGAAUCUUUUCAUGGGGUCGGAGAAAUGUAGAUGAUGCUCCUUUGGAGCAACUGAUGAAUAUUUCCUCAUAUGAUGAGUCGAGCUAUCAGGAAUCUAACGUCAUUGGUGACCGUGAUGUGGGAAAUACUCAUGGGCAAAGAGAGGAAGCUAUAGAAUCUGCAAAUGUAGAGGAAGCUUUAAGUCGUUCAAAGGCAGCAGAGUUAAAUGCUUCAGCAUAUCAUAAGGGUGAAGCUUCGUCUUUCAAACGCUUUGACAUAGCUAAAGAUCCUUUGGACCAUUAUUUUCUCGGGUCAAAUGGACAGGUUAGUUUCAGCAGGAAGUUGUUGAAGAAGGUUCAAAAAGAUUGGAGCAUCCUUCAGAACAACUUGCCCGCAGAGGCUAUCUACGUACGAGUUUAUGAAGAUCGAAUGGAUCUCAUAAGGGCAGUAAUAGUUGGGGCAUAUGGGACACCUUACCAAGAUGGGCUUUUCUUCUUUGAUUUCCACCUUCCACCAGAGUAUCCUGAUGUCCCCCCGUCAGUAUACUAUCAUUCUGGUGGUUGGCGGAUUAAUCCAAAUCUAUACGAAGAAGGCAAGGUCUGCCUUAGCCUCUUGAAUACCUGGACUGGUAAAGGAAAUGAAGUCUGGGAUCCAGCAUCUUCUAGCAUCCUUCAAGUCUUAGUUUCACUUCAGGGAUUAGUACUGAAUGCGAGGCCAUAUUUCAAUGAAGCUGGGUACGAUAGGCAAAUUGGGACAGCUGAAGGAGAGAAAAAUUCGUUGUUUUACAAUGAGAAUACUUUCCUCCUAAACUGCAAGACAAUGAUGUAUCUUAUGCGGAGGAACCCCAAGGACUUUGAAGAGCUUGUCAAAGAUCAUUUCAGGAGACGAGGAUACUACAUACUUAAGGCCUGUGAUGCAUACAUGAAAGGCCACCUAAUUGGCUCGCUGGCUAAAGAUGCAUCUAUAGGCAAUGGCGAUCAUACAAAUUCAACUUCGGCUGGUUUCAAGCUAGGAUUGAAAAAGAUUGUACCGAAGCUUUACUUGGCACUGACUGAAGCCGGAGCGGAGUGCAAUGACUUUGCUCAUCUGCAACAAUCAUAACAGCUGAUGUUUCAUUGAACUGCUCAUCAUAGACAAUCAUCUUCCCUUUGGAGUCCUCGGGAAGUUUUGCGAUCAGGGGUUCUGUUUUGAAAUUCAUUGGAUCAUCUGUUUUAAAAAAAGAACCAAAAAAACUUCAUUAGCUACUGAAGAAAGUUGUGAAUGAUUGAAUUAUUACUCCUCCUUGACCCUCUUUUUUGGUUUUUUGGUUUUUCUUCAUUUGUUGCUCUGCUAAUUCCUUUUGUUUAUUCGAUUUAUUUACAAAACUGGUGAACUGUGUAACCUUCAAAUGUAUAUAUCACAUCUGUAGAAUUGUUCA